GGAGAUGGCCAGAUGGGGAAAGGAAAACGGGGCGGAGGUGUCUUCAACAAUUCAACUGUCGAUCUUCAUCUGCUCUCCCCAUGACUGACUCCUUGAACUUGUUCUCAUUCCUCACGUGGAAGGUUCCUCCAAAAUCUUGACAUGAUUUGAUUCCAUGACAAUGAUGAUGUUAACCACUCUUUAAUUAUUAUUUCUACUUCUUUCUUUAGCAAAAAAACAGUGCCCUCUCUCCACUGUUUACGGUUUGUUAUCAACCACGAACCACCCCGUAAGGAAGCUUAAAUUAAAAAAAAACAGGAUCCAUAUAUGAUGACGACGGGCUUCGGAGAACUGCUCGAUGGGUCCCGGAAUCGUCAAUCACUCAAUCGUCGAUAACCACCUCCCACGUUGCUGUCGGUGGUUAAAUGAGUUACGAGCAGUUGGUGGACGUGGACCCACCCUCUUUUGUGUCCUUGGGUCUUGGGUCUAUAGUCUGUCUAUACGAGAGACACCCAAUAUUUUCCUCGUACAUGAUUAGUUUUAAGUUUUACAUUAAACCGGCGGGUAAAUGAAACGAAAUCUAUUAUGAUUUAUGAUACCCAAAAAGAGCUUUGACUAAAACGGAAAACAACCUAUAGCUGUUUUAUGUUUUAAAGACUACCCUGUUUUGCAUAAAUUCAGCCUCAGAGUCCCAUACGAAGCAACCAUCCAUUUAUGCCCUCCUCCUCUCCUGCAUUUCUUAUUACCGAACUAGCAGGAGGAAGAGAGAUGAAGAACUGGUGUCUGGUUUUGUUUGUUGUGCUGUGCAUUCUACAGCAGAGUUUCCUUAUCCAAGUUGAAGCACAGAGUGGUUUCGUAAGAACCAGUGGACCGCAUUUUGUGCUGAAUGGCAGCCCUUACUAUGCAAAUGGGUUCAAUGCCUACUGGUUGAUGUAUAUGGCAUCAGACCCAUCUCAGAGAAGCAAAGUCUCUUCCGCCUUCCAGGAGGCUUCAACCCAUGGCCUUACAGUCGCAAGAACUUGGGCUUUCAGUGAUGGUGGCUACAAACCUCUGCAAUACUCUCCUGGCUCUUACAAUGAGCAGAUGUUCAGAGGAUUGGAUUUUGUAAUUGCUGAGGCGAGAAGGUAUGGUAUUAAGCUUAUAUUGAGCUUGGCAAAUAACUAUGAAAACUUCGGAGGGAAGAAGCAGUAUGUGGAAUGGGCUAGAAAUCAAGGGCAGUACCUGACAAGUGACGAUGAUUUCUUCAGAAACCCGGUUGUGAAGGGAUACUACAAGAAUCAUAUUAAGACUGUUCUUACAAGACAUAACAGCAUUACUGGAGUUGCCUACAAAGAUGAUCCUACAAUCAUGGCAUGGGAGCUCAUGAAUGAACCAAGAUGCACAUCGGAUCUAUCAGGAAGGACCAUUCAGGCUUGGAUUACAGAGAUGGCAUCUUAUGUUAAAUCCAUAGACAGAAAUCACUUGCUAGAAGCUGGUUUGGAAGGAUUUUAUGGGGAAUCAUCAGCUCAGAGGAAGCAAUUCAACCCAGGUUUUCAAGUUGGAACGGACUUUAUUGCGAAUAAUCAGAUCCCUGGCAUUGACUUUGCUACAGUUCACUCGUAUCCAGAUCAAUGGUUCUCAAGCUCAAAUGAUCAGGCACAGCUUUCUUUCUUGAGCAACUGGCUCGACAUUCACAUCCAAGAUGCACAGAACAUCCUUCGGAAGCCAUUACUCCUUGCUGAGUUUGGAAAAUCAUCAAAAGACCCUGGUUUCAACACCUAUGAGAGGGACAUGCUGUUCAAUACCGUCUACUCGAAGAUUUAUUCAUCAGCUAGAAGUGGAGGGGCAGCGGCUGCUGGACUCUUCUGGCAACUUUUAACAGAAGGAAUGGACUCUUUCCGAGAUGGGUAUGAAAUAGUAUUAAGUGAGAGCCCCUCGACAGCAAAUGUGAUUGCUCAACAAUCUCGCAAACUUUAUCAAAUUCGGAAGAUGUAUGCCAGACUCAGAAAUAUCGAGAAGUGGAAGAGGGCAAGGGCCAUUAGGAGGGCUCAGUGGUUGGCUAGAAACAAGGGGCGGAAUAUAGGAAACUAAAGAAAUGCCAGACCUAACAUGAAAAGUUGGAGACAUCAGGUUCAGAUGUGCAUAGUUAAAUACUUGAAUGUAAUUUCAUGUCGUUGGGGCUUUUGCCAAGGUUUUGGUAAGUGCAUUUCUCCUAGAGAUGGGUGUUAGCUCAUCCAGGAGAUUAAGCAAUUAUAACUUUGUGAGUUUAUAUAUAUCUAAGUAAAUUGUAAACCAAGACUCUCAUAUUGCUUGAUCCUAGUCAGCAGAAAGAAUACAAAAAAAGAAAGCUUCAGCUUACUUUUUUUCAUUCAUGGUGCUUAGCUUUUGAUAGAACGUGUUUCCAUAUCUUGAAAAAUGAAAGCUAGCCAUAUUGUGAGAUCA